AGAGAUCACACUUGAACUAGAGGGGAACAGGAGGAGACUCGGUCGUGAGGAUGAUUGGCAUAUCUGUUCAAAGAAUUCAUCUUCAGCUUCUGGCGUUCGUGUUGGUGUGAGCAACUCAGUGCUGCGAGAACGAGAGGGAUUCGUGCUAAUUGGAGAGUUUUGCUAAUAAGAAAGACGUGAUGUCGUUGGUCACCAGAUUGGAAGAUAUGUUUAGUUUUGAGGACUUCUUGUUGCGCAGACAGGAAGGCAUCAUGACCAUUCUCAUCGAAGUACAACUAUGUGCGAUACGUACUCUGUCUGGUGAUGUCGUUGAGCUUGAGUCUCCAAAGAUAAUCAUGUGUCCGCUUAGCAUUAAGACAUUCGGCAACUGAAUCUGGAUGAGUGUGGCAAAGCGCAAUGAGUUCCUUUUGCUAUUCUGUUGUUCGCUAUCAAUGACGACGAGCGCAACAAAAGUCUCUGUGAUUCUGAGGAAGAGGAAGUUAGAUUUCCAUUUUUAUGAUGUCUCUUAAUGCGAGAGUCACAAUGGAUCAUCUGGCAGCUGAAACUACUUAUUCCGUCUUGACUCUGUUGUUGAGCCCAAUACUAAGCCUACCCAUUCCAGCAACAUGAUCUAAAAAUCACAUUGCUAAUAUGCCAGGGCUUCUGCUCGCAUUGGAGCAGCCUCUACCCCGUUCCCCCCACUUUUUGGACGACGUUUUUGAAGGAUUUCGAUUUUCAGUGAUUGUUUUAACCCUAUUCCUGGCCCUACUCGUCGUCCAUUUAAUAUUGAUGUAAUAGCAAAAAUGAGAAUGAGAUCAUGAAGAUGAAAUUGAAAUUUGCGUUUCGAAGUUGAUAUUGAUGCAGCAACAUUCAUGUUCUGUCAUUUCUUUGUAUAUCAUCUUUAAUUUGAAAGAAGUUCGUGUAAGUACUAGAAACCAUUGAUAAUAUUGAUCUACUAACUCAAAUAAUAACAAUACGGAUACGAUGAUUGAUUACGUUAUCGGUCGAGGUGAGCCUGUUGGGUCCGCGGAUAUGGAAGCCAGGAUCGGCGCAUCAAGAAUAUUGACGCAGUGUGGUACACGAGGAGAUAAGCCACAGUCUUUAAUGAAUAUGCCUCUAAAUAUGAUGUUGGGAGGCGCUUCUCGUCAAGAAGAUAGGGCGUCGAAUCAUGACGAGGGAGCUGCAGCCUCCACAACGUCGCCAUCUUCGAGUGCAAGCAGUGCAACGGGUGAAGACACGUCGCCGUCAUCUACUCCGUACCUGACGUCCCUCAGCAAACGCUUGAGCAUGGGCUACUCCUCCGAAGACCUGCGCUCUGCGGGUACUUCCUUGUAUAACAUGCUUCCGGACAUGAACAGCGGAUCGGCAUAUCUCUUUGGUGAGGAUCCCCGUGCCGUCGCCGGGCUUGAAGAAGACGAGGCCUACGACCUUUCGCACAAGCUGCGUACUGGCGAAGUGAACGUGAAUAACGUGCUUAUGGCUGCUAGUACCGACCAUUUCUACCUGGGCGCACCUCCAGAUGAAGCUAUGAAAAAUGGAAACGGAAAGGACAGCCAAGGCGGUAACGGUAACACGCUGACCACAGGGGAGCAACAAGACGACGUCGUUGAGUAUGUCUCAUAUCCAAAACGUGGACCGACGUUCGUGUCGUCCUCGGGAGCAGGUUCUUCUGGACCCCGCGGUCAAAGUGAUGCUGCUCGGAGAACGAUGGUCCCCUGCUCAUCUGGUCGCAGCACCCGACCAGGUGGAGCCUUAUCACGGCGAGGUGAGGAGGAACAAGGACGACCCUCACCCUCUGUUGUGAUUCCGGCAGUGGUUACACAGCUCGUCAACGAGUGGCACGCACAGGGGGACCCGGAUGUACAGCAGAAGGCCGACUUUUUGAUGUUGUUAGUGACGAACCCGGAGGAAGGCAUCAAAAAGUUGAGAAACUGCCUCAUUCACGAACGGCAAGCGUCGAGGAACAAGCUGAAACAGGACGCGAUCGCAGCCAGGCGCGCGAGCGUACGCAGUGGCGCAACUUCGUCUGGCGGAGAAUAUGCGUCCGACGGUGGGUAUGAUACCUGUGACGACGGGUGCGGAAGCCUUAGCGGAGGCGACUACCCAGACAUGUGGACUCCUCCGAUCACCGCGAUGGGCCAAUCUCGCUCGCCAGGUGGACACAUCGAUGUUGGUAGGAAUGCCAAUUCUGGAAAUCACCAUCAUCCUCAGGAUGCGAACAAAGCUUUGAAUCUUCGCGCUGCUGCCGCGUUGUCGUCUACCGCAAGACAUAGCCAUCAACAGCCCAGUACAGUACUAGGGCGCCAGCUCCAAGCCUUGAGUCUGGACUCUUUUGUGAAGAUUUUUUUCCCUCAGUCUGAGUUUUCCCACUUUUUGCGCAGUGCGUUUCUCCGCGACGUUAACUUUCUGGACAUUGACCAGCGAAAGCAACCGCAGGUGAACAUGGAUGCCAUCAAGCUUUUCAUCAGUCGCUACUUCGACGAUAUUCAUCUCGAGGUUAAGAUUCCGCUCAUGGCAGAGUUCAUGGAGAGUUUCGUGCUCAAUGUUCGCGAACGCCCUGAAGUCUUGUUGAAAAACUGUCGUUCUGUUGUGAAUUUCGAGUUCUUGCAUGUUUUCCAAGUGGCCGGCCCAGUGUUACAAAAGCUCUUCCAGCAGUACGGUGGAAAUUCUGAGAACCGCGACCUUCUCCGCACGGAGUACCAGCUCGCGCCCAGCGACUACCCGGAACUUCGCACACAGGCCCCGCUUGCGAAGCUGUGCGUUCCGUCUUCGGACGUAACACAACUGUUCGCGCAGUUCAAGAGCGCGCUGAAACCUAUGGGUGGACACGAAGUCCGCAAUAUCCUACGCAAUGCAGGGGUUCUCUACACUUCUGUCGACGAGCCUCUAUGGCGCUUCGCGUUCGAGCAGCAGCAGGCCCACGCGACUGCGGAGCAACUGCGCGCCCAGCAGGGCUACCUUGGUGGCAUCGGUUCGGCGCUGCUCAGCGGGCUCGGAGCCUUGUCCUCGGUCUACUCAUCCUCUUCUCCACAACAGCUUGGCGACGAGCAGCUAAAGAUGAUGCAGGAGAGCAACUUCUAUGCGAACAUGAACAGCGCGAACAAGGACCAAGCGAAACAGGAAGCAGAUGAAGAUGAGCGCAAAUCCUUUGCUCUCAUCGACUUGUCAGAUUACAAGUCUCCAACAGGAAGAAAGUUGGGUCUCUACGCUAUCUCCGAGACGCCGCGUUACAACGCGAGUAUCGCAGUGGGGGAACCAGCGACAGCCGUGCAGAAGGAAUACUAUCCGAUGGAAAACAAGGAUUAUACAGAUGAGGUACUUUGGAAUUUUUUAGGAAUCUUUAGCUGAAGAUGAACAAGAGUUACUCGCGGUUGAUUACGCUAAAAAUGCAAGGAAUUCAAAAACCUUAAUUAUCAACAUGAAACUUUUUUUACAUCAUCAGGUGCCCGUGGCCGAAGUCGAGAGUGACACCGAGGAAGGGAACAAGGAGUUCGCCCAAGUAUUUGUCAAGAUGCGUCGGUGCGACGUUGUUUACAAGUUGGAAAGUGAACGACUGUUGCUGAAAAAGGUCACUGACAAUUUGCCUGGAGCUAGAUCGUACAUGACAGACUCGUAUGUGAACAAGUCGCUUGCCGAAACGAAUUUUGAGCAAGAGGAGAUGUUCUUGGAGCUGGGGUACGAGAAAUAUGUCCGCCAUCCACCAGGUAACCUCAACAAGCGAGGCAAUAUUUUUGUGCCACGUGUCGUGGCUCGACCUGCUGCUCGAACGAGCGCACAGGACCAUGUUGGGCAUGAACAGUCAGCGACGUUCAAACCUGCAGCCCGAGUUGGACCAAGCGGAAUAGAUCGUACGGGUGGAUUCUCCAAGGGCCAACCUGGGGCUGCGCCGACUUGUGCGCCUGGUCGCUUCGACGAGAUCGAUUACGAAGCUCAAUACGACCAAGCUUUUGUAGCCAAUCAUCAUGCUUCGCAGUCAACAUAUUCGAAAAACAACAAAGCUGAUGACCAGCAGAAGCAGGGGGGCGCGACAAAACAAGAGGAGGAGAGUACGUUCUGCGUGGCUGCGCGAGUCGACGAACUUGAGCGAAGAGAUCCCGGCAUGUUAGUGCUCGAAAUGGCACCGGGCCGCCCGUUCGACCGCUGUCUCGCGGAACAGCAGUACUGCCCCGUAAAGGACUAUCCUCUGAUCGACUGGUAUGCUGCCGUAAGCUCCUACCUGGAAAGCUUUGAGUUGUGGCUCGCAGUAGCCCUAGAGGCAAAAAAAGGCGCAGACCGACAACAUACGUUCUUCCACGGCGAUCCCCACUUGGGCAAUCUCUUCUGGUGCGACACCACAAAAACGUUUUCGAUCAUCGAUUUCGGGAACAGCUACGAAGUCUUCUCGCACGACUACCCGACAGGCCUCGGGGUUUGCCUCUACGAAUUCCUUCAUGGAUGCAUGCUCUACCAACCAGAACGCUUGUUCAGCGUCUACCCGUUCAAACCCGACGUUUCCCAAGAGCAAAAAGACGACCUCGUGGAACGCAUCAAGGCAGCCACAGAUAAGGUACUUAUGUCGUGUAGUAUUUUCAUCUACCUCGUCAAUCAGCACGAUCAGCAGCUUACAGUAAUUAUGAAUGUAGUUGCAGGGUGUUGAAGAACUUAGAUGAUCUAGUAUUAAUUGUCGGUCUACUAGGACCUGUAGGUCGUGCUGUAGGUCUAGAAGUAGAAGAUUUAGAUUUCGAUUGGAAAUUGACUUCGGGCCUGAGCGUGUACUACCUCUACUGACGUUAUCAUUUGUAAGAUGUAUAGGUAUACUACCAAGAGCAACAAGAAACUACAGGGUCUUAUCGCAAUCCACUGAUACACAACUAAAACAGGCAUACACCGAGUAUUUCGAGCAGACAGAGAUAGAAGAAAAGAAGAUUUUCGGAACACGUGCUCCAGAGGAAGACAGGCCUCCAACUACCGCGGAUGAUAUCAAGGCUGCGUGCGAUAUGUACUUUGAAGGAAACCUUUCUGAGACGAUCUUUUGUCGUGUGUGGUUCGAAAUUACUACUGCACGGCAUCUGCUGGACCCCCACCCGGCUUUCGAGGGCUUUCUCAAGUGCGUCGGGGUGCAUUGGAUUGCAGGCUACAAAAUGCUUAUUGGAGGCUUGAAGCACUCAUUGCCACGAGGCGUGCAGAAAGAUGGGGUACUAAAGAUGACCGCUUUUCUGUGAUUUUCUAGUAAGGUCUUGUUGUGGUGCGUCCUCCCCUGAUGAAGAUGAUGUUGUAUUUUCAUUUUGCACUAGUGUUCAACAAGUAAGUAGUUCAACUGCAUACCACUCCUCAUUCAACACGACCACGGAUUUUUUUUGAAUAUUCUUAAAACAAUCGCACAAUCAACUGCAAUGAAUUCAUGUCCAGGCGUAUGUCCCUUGGGAUGUUGCAUUUCGUAGCCCAUUUUCGAUGGUCGAGAAAGCGGGGAUGCAGAGCGUGAGCAAGGCGAAGGGAGCCCAAGACACGUGGGAUCUGUACAUGAAGGAGAAAGACCCGAGUCGGCGCAACCUUCUUUGGAAGUACCACAUAGUCCCGCAUAUGACCAGCUACGCACCCAAAACUCUGGAAACGUUGCGCAUGAUGCAUCGAGGGUACACAGGUGUCCGCUCGAUCUUUAAAGGGUCAAAUAAAUCGUAACGAUCAUUCCAGUAUCAUGUGAAGAUCAUGCACAUGCUUCGAACAAGAUCGAACAAGAUGAGGAUUGAUAGUGAUGAACAUGAAGUACUUCUACCUAUCUGCAUUCCGCAUACGACUCUCGGGUUGCACGUUGCUGGAGUACCGCCGGGCUUCCUAUAAUAACUAACUAACUACUUCUACCUAUCUAGAGAACAAUUUACCAAACAAGUAGAAAGUAUACAUAGGAAUACAUAGGUCGAUUAUUAUAAUAUUAAUCAUCCAUAUUAUUAAUCCAUAUUGAUUCUCAAGAACACAAUAAGUCACAUACAGAUUGGUAUUAUGGAAACAAAUCAAAACUUCUCGUGCUCAACUUAAUCUUAAGAAAGGAUCACUGAUUCAAUUAUGUUAAUCACACUUGUUGUAGCCAUAUAUUUCUGGUAUUCAAAACGAUUCGAUAUUCCUACUACAACUUAAUAAAAUACACACACAGUAGCGCACUGCGUAAUGUUGGGGAGAAACAUUCGAAUUUAUAUUAUUGACAGACUUCGAACAUUGAGAGGUGAAGAUGUUCCUGUCACUCAUCCAACAACAUAUUUUAUUUUCAACGAACAUAUAGCCGGCUUUUAGCAAUUAUUUAAUUCGAUCAUUUUCAUUUUCUUCAACCAUAGAAAUUAGGAAAAGUGAAGUUCUACGUAUUCUAGCCAAUUGAAAAGUUGUAAUCGGCAGUAUCAGCUUCUGAGACGGGGAGCAGUCUACGACAGCUGAGGAGAUGUCGCACGGCUAGCGACAUGCACAUAAUGAACACCACGGAUAUCAGUAAAAGCCCAUGUACAGAAAAGAAAACUGAUUGUUGAUUACUAUAGAUAAUUGAUGAGUAAGGAAAAGCAAUGGCAAUAAAAACGGAGGUGGGACGAGGGUGCUACAGACACCAUUCCUAUCUGAUAGAAUUUCAUCUGUAAAGAUUUUUCUCUGACCAUGACUUGCACUUCUUGACUGACACGCCAGCCCUGUCAAAAUAAGAGAUGAUAGAUUGGACAUGCCACCUCACUGUUUCCAUAGUGAUCCUUGCAAAUUGCGGUACUAGAUGGCGCACAAACAUUGAAGAUGAAUGACACUCAUCCCAUUCCCAUCCUAUCCUACAAUUAAAAAUGAAUCGAAUGGAGCAACAAAUGACGUGUUGCGUCUGUAAAAAAAAAAACAACUGCUACUCUCACUCGUGUAGCAGCGCCACUGAGG